UCUUAGUACGCAGUCUCGGUGCCGGCCCCAACAGAAGUCGCGUCGCUGAGGUGACGGGGUGUCCGUGUCUCCAGGCCUCGAGACCGCGUCUGUCCUGAGCCCGGGCGCGGUGACACAGGGAGCAGCCUGGUGGCCUGGCCUCGAGCUGUAGGGGAGCCUCUGGGGCUUGCGGGGGGGAAACCAUGCUGCUGCGAGGCUGGGUGCUGGUAUGCGGCCGUUGAGACCGGGCCCGCGGGGUGGAGGCGGCGGCGGCGGGAGUGCGGGAAGCCGGGACACCCGCAGGAUGAAGCUGAAGAAGCAGGUGACGGUGUGCGGCGGCGCCAUUUUCUGCGUGGCCGUUUUCUCGCUUUACCUGAUGCUGGACCGCGUACAGCACGAACCGGAGCGGCGGCAGAGCGGAGUCAGCUUCCCCAGGAGUCAAAUUUCAGUGCUGCAGAAUCGCAUUGAGCAGUUGGAGCAGCUUUUGGAAGAAAAUCACCAGAUAAUCAGUCACAUUAAGGACUCUGUGCUGGAGCUGACAGAAAAUGCCGGUGGUUUCGCUGGCCUGCUUGCUUACCAAGGAAAUGGCUCCUGGGCUUUUCCUGGAGGCAAUCACCCAACCUUUCUGACUGUGUUGCCACAGGAUUGUCAGUUAGCUCUUGGGAAUAAAGGACAACAAACAGACCUGCAGAUGCUGGAUGUGUACUCACUUUUGAAGUUUGAUAAUGUGGAUGGUGGUGCUUGGAAGCAGGGCUUUGAGAUCACAUACGAUGCGCACGAAUGGGAUAAUGACCCAUUACAGGUUUAUGUUGUCCCCCAUUCUCACAACGAUCCCGGCUGGAUAAAAACAUUUGACAAAUAUUACCAGGACCAGACACAGCAUAUUCUGAAUAACAUGCUGCUGAAACUACAGGAGGACCCAAAGCGCCGUUUCAUCUGGGCAGAAAUCUCAUUCUUCUCCAAAUGGUGGGACAACAUCGACACUCAGAAAAGGGCUGCUGUCCGCAGAUUGGCAGCUAAUGGUCAGUUGGAGUUUGUGACAGGAGGUUGGGUCAUGACAGAUGAAGCCAAUGCGCACUAUUUUGCAAUGAUUGACCAGCUAAUCGAAGGACAUCAGUGGAUGGAGAAAAACAUUGGAGUGAUUCCCAAAUCUGGCUGGGCGAUUGAUCCUUUUGGACACAGCUCAACCAUGUCUUAUCUGCUCAAGCGAGCGAACCUAACCAGUAUGCUGAUCCAACGAGUACAUUACUCCAUCAAAAAACACUUUUCAGCCACCAAAAAUUUGGAAUUCAUGUGGAGGCAGACUUGGGACACUGACUCAAGCACAGAUAUCUUCUGUCAUCUAAUGCCGUUCUACAGUUAUGAUGUCCCUCAUACUUGUGGACCUGAUCCUAAAAUCUGCUGCCAGUUUGACUUCAGGCGCCUCCCUGGAGGGCGAAUCAGCUGUCCGUGGAAAAUCCCACCAAAACCAAUAACCAAUAUCAAUGUAGCAGAGAGGGCAAAUUUGCUUUUGGAUCAAUACCGGAAAAAGUCCAAGUUGUUCAAGAGCAAAGUGGUCCUGAUUCCAGUUGGAGAUGACUUUCGUUAUGACAAUGCUCUGGAGUGGGACCAGCAAUUCCAGAAUUAUGCAAAACUUUUUGACUACAUGAACUCUCACCCUGAGCUUCAUGUGCAAGUGCAGUUUGGAACGCUAUCUGAGUACUUUGAUGCUGUCUAUAAAAAAUACGGUGUUAGCCCAGGUAGCAAGCCUCCAUCCUACCCUAUCCUCAGUGGAGACUUCUUCACCUAUGCUGACCGUGAGGACCAUUAUUGGAGUGGAUAUUUUACCUCCCGACCCUUUUAUAAGAAUCUAGACAGAGUCCUGGAAUCACACCUCAGAGCAGCUGAGAUCCUCUACAGCUUGGCCUUAAAUCACGCUCGCCGCUUUGGUGCAGACAGUAAAUACCCAGUUUCUGAUUAUAGCUCACUAACAGAAGCUCGCCGGAACAUAGGCUUGUUCCAGCACCAUGAUGCCAUUACUGGCACCUCAAAAGAAGUGGUGGUUGUUGACUAUGGAAUCCGAUUGUUUCACUCCCUUAUGAACUUGAAACGAGUGAUAAUUAAUGCAGCUCACUUCUUAAUACUUCGGGACAAAAGAGACUACAAAUAUGACCAGUCAUCACUUCUGCUGCACAUGGAUGAUAAACGGCAAAAUCAUGAUACAUUACCAGAGAAGGUGGUGAUAAAGCUGGAGUCUCUUCCCAGAUAUGUGGUUGUAUUUAAUCCUGUUGAGCAAGAACGCCCCUGUGUUAUUUCUGUUCUUGCUACCUCUCCCCAGGUCAGGGUUACAUUAAUCGAUGGAAACAUUCUUCCCACGCAGGUCAGCGCUGUGUGGAAAUCCCCAACAGAUAUGGUAACUGACAUAUAUCAGAUCUCCUUUGUUUCUCGACUCUCUGCCCUGAGUCUUGCUGUGUUUCAGCUGACUGAAUCAUUUAAUUACCGAGCAACGGUAAAAUCCAAUGUGGUCAUCUAUCUGCGCAACAGAGAUGUGACUGUGAGUAAGAAGGAGCCAUUCAGUGUAAAGAUCUUGGAGUCAUCAACUGAUGAUUUCUUUAUCGAAAAUCAGCACAUGCAAGUGUGGUUUAAUGGAGUGACAGGAUUAAUGGAGACCAUCAAGCGGAAAGAUGACCAGCAGAAGCAGAAGGUGCGGAUGGAGUUCAUGUGGUACGGGACACGGUCAUUUAAGGAUAAGAGUGGCGCAUAUCUCUUCCUUCCUGAUGGUGAAGCUAAAGCCUAUGUUUCCAAACAGGCUGCGAUCACCCGCAUUACCAAAGGUCCAUUGUUCUCUGAAGUUGUUACUUUCUAUCAACACUUCCACCAGAUAGUUCGUCUCUACAAUCUACCAGGAGUUGAGGGGCUUUCGUUGGAUGUUUCCGUUGUUGUUGACAUUCAUGACCAGAUAAACCGAGAGCUGGCAAUGAGGCUGUCCACCAAUAUUGAAAGUGGAGACACAUUCUACACAGAUUUGAAUGGGUUUCAGAUUCAAGCGAGAAAAUAUUUUCAGAAGUUGCCCCUUCAGGCCAACUUCUACCCGAUGUCAACCAUGGCCUACAUUCAGGAUGAUCGAUUCCGCCUGACACUACAUGCUGCACAGUCUCUGGGUGUGUCGAGUAUUCACAAUGGUGAAUUGGAGGUCAUUCUGGAUCGUCGUCUCAUGCAGGAUGACAACCGGGGCUUGGGACAAGGACUAAAAGACAACAAAGUGACCUGCAACAGAUUCCGUAUCUUGCUGGAGAAGAGAUCAGCAUCAAACAAACACAUUGGCUUUCUGUCAAGGCUGCACUCCAUCUUGCAGGCACUCUCAGCUUCCAUCCUUUGCAGGACCAGCACCCAUGAGGUUCAGGAUAGUCAGCCUGUGAGCUUUCCCUCCCUGCUAAGUCACAUGACCUUGAUGCACCUGAACCAUGAGGUUCUGGCGAUGCCAGUUACUCCAAGGCCACAGACUGUUCCACCCAUCAGAAGCUGGCGUCCACUUGCAGCUCCUAUACCCUGUGACUUCCACAUGCUUAAUAUGAGGACCUUACAGUCUGAGGUGAUUUCUGCUCCCGGGUUAGAGUUGGCGCUAAUUCUACAUCGGAAAGGAUUUGACUGUGGGCUGGAGGCCAAGAACCUGGGUUUCAAUUGCAGUACCACCCAGGGCAAGCUAUCACUGGAGGGUCUCUUUCAGGGCUUGGAUAUUCAGAGCGUGCAGCCAGUGUCUUUGUCCCUCCUGUACCCCACUGAGCCCUUCAACAACAGCUUCGUCUCCAUGAGGCCGAUGGAGAUUUCCACAUUUCGCAUCCGGCUGGUUUGAAUAACAGUCCAGCGCUUCCAUACUUAAAGCUAGGAAAUAAGAUACCAACCAGCUGCAACACAAACUGUUGGUCCUUCAAUCCAUAAACCCCUGGGGGAGGGAGGAUGACGGAGUGGUGGGGCUGAUGUGGUUAGCGCUACAAAAUGUGGAACUGAGGACAGAUUUACUGGCAUCUGAAUUUGUGACUCAUGGACUUCAGAUUGCAUGUGCAGUGAAAGCACAGCAAUGAUACCCCAUUAUCAAUGCACUUUUAAAAGAAAAAAAGGUGUAGGUACAAUUUGUGCAUAUACCACUACAAUGGUAUAUAAGCAACCCUGAUUUCAUUGUCAACUCAACCUUAAAAAUGACAAAAUAGAAUCUUUGGCAUCUGAAAGGAGCAGGGGCUUUGCUUGUAAUGCAAAAACCAAGCAAUCCAGAACAAAGAUGAGUGUGAAUGUAACACUGGUGUGCAAAGGCUUUGAGGCAGUCUGCGUAUUCAUAAUCAUUCAAUGGCCAAGUCUGCAAACCAACCUGAGCAGGCAAAGAAAACCUGUAUUCAGAUCUGACUAAUAUGCAGUUAAACAUCACAACAAGGCUGGCAAUGGACUUCUCAAUGAAGAAUCAUAACACUUGAAAGCAAGACAGGGUGGUCUUUUUAAAGUAUUUUUUCUGUUGCAGAUAGAUGUAACAGCAACUGAACUUAAACUCCUUAUUAGCCAGAGACUCUUGCUUUCUCAUGUAUUUUGUGUAAAUAUUUUGGAGCCAAUGCAAUAUGCCGUUAACAUUUAGUUAUUCCUUUUAAGAAUUGUCCCCUGAGAUUUGACUGAACCUGUAACUGUUCUGGAACACUUAAACACGUUGGCUUCAUUCAUACACAUUUCUUAGGGUAUUUGUGCAAUAAUCUCUAGUUUUGCUGCGUGUUCCGAACUUAGUGGCGGAAAGAGUCGCUUUGAAAUAUUUGCAUUGGAGAGUAAUGAUCUGCAGAAAUGUGAGUGGAGACCAAAGUAGAAAAUGCAACCACUGACCUGAUUGAGGGAAUGCAAGUCGGUGUUCUGGAAUGGCUGUGCCACUGCUAUCAAAGUUCUCCAACUGAAACUUUCCUUCAGAAUGUUGAAGGAUUCACUUUGUGCUUUCAGCAUUUCUAUGUCUGGUUUUCAACAUUCAGGCAUUCUUCUUUUAGUGCAAUGUGAUCAAUUCAUCUCUCUUGUCCUUGUGCAGUAGCCCUGAAAUCAACAUUUUUGAAGGUCUGCCUUUUACAACAAAAGGGAUUUGAAUGUUUUGGAAGUGAUCAGUUGGUUGUCUUAAAAAGAAUGUUGACAGCUACCGUGGAACAUUUGGAUAACUGACUGUUGGAAAUUACCAGCAUAAAAUGAAGAAAAAUUCUGUGAACAUUUUGGAAAUAUCAUGGAAAUAAUUUAGACCUGAAAUUAAAACUACUGUUGAACAGAUUUUUUUGCAUUGUAAAGUUAUCAUAUUCUGAGUAAAACGUCAGUGUCAAAACGCA